AUGUCUGUAGCCGAAAAUACAAGAUCACGAAAGGAUAAAAGAUCUCAAAAGGAUGACAUAGAUCAUGAGGAAGUCCCAGAAACAAGCCAAAUCCCUCAAGCCGAUCAGAACAUUGAGAAGGUAAACAGUUCAAGACAUGUUAGAGAAGACCCAUCAACCCCCCUCUCCAAAGCAAUCAAAGGCAUUCGCUUCAAGAGACGUGUUGCAAUAGGGAUGAUCACCAGAUAUAUUAAUGCGACCAACAAAAUGAUGGAAGAAAAACGUAGUCGGACUGCUAUAAAGAGAAAUCUACAUGACAUCCAAACUAAAUUUAAAGAAGUAGUAGCCUACAAUGACCAGCUCGAAAAGUAUCUUGAAGGGGAUGAAGAAAUACUCGCGGACAUGUAUAUCCUCACUGACUUAACAGUCGACGUAAAUUGCAUAACUGGCAUGGUACAGGAACAUCUACAAGACCGAACCGGUGAGACCUCGACAUACAUCGGUUCAGAGACUAGUUCACAGCACAGUAGUCCACCCCCCGAGCCCCAAGUGGAAGGUGAUGAUCAAGAUGAAACUGACAAGCAGAAACUGGAAGAACUUGAAGCUGAACAGAAGAGAAAAGAUGAAGCAGCCUACCUAUCAGAAUUAGCCCAGCAGAAAAGAACCGAAGCUGCUCGACUCGAAUUAGAAGCAGAGGAAGCUGAAAGACAGUCAGAAGCCAUUGGAGGUGGGUGUAACCAGUCCGGACAAAAACUGCCUGCAAACCUGCCAACACAGCCAGAGAUAUGCGGUAAAGAAAAGGCUGCACUUUAUGUACAACACCUCGAACAAGUCCAGACACAGGGAGCCCAAUCUGAAAAUGCCAGUGAAGAAGAUUGGAUCGUUGGAUUUCGAAAGACACUGAAAGUUAAUGUUCGAUCAGUGGACCCUGGAAAAAUCCCCGUAAGAGCAGAUGUGCCUAUUUAUAAUGGCGAUCCAUUGAAGUGGUUGUCCUGGAGUGGUCUCUUCAAAGCGCUUGUACACAAUACGAAGAUGACCUCGGAAGCCAAGAUGGGAUUCCUUCACACAAAGCUUUCUAAAGAAUGUGACCAAGUGAUUGCAGGUCUAUUCCCAGAUGACGAAGGAUAUGCCGAAGCCCUAAUGCUAUUACGGGAUAGAUAUGGUCAUCCAACUACGCUACAAGCAGCUCAUCUACAAGUAUUGAAAUCGCUACCUGCUGUCGAUCCUGGAGACCCGGACAGUUUAGCAAUUAGUUUCCAGACCUUCGUUGAUCAAGCGAGAAGUCACCUUGCUGUACUAAAACGAUAUAGUAUGGGAGAAUCUCCAUUUGUGUCGUCUCUUAUUUAUGAACUGACUGAUAAGUUACCACAGGAGGAUGCAAAGGCCUGGCGGACAAAAGUUGGUGAAGGUCAGGUGAAGAUGACGCUAGAAGCAUUCAGCACAUGGUUGGGAGCAAGAGGAAGGUGUUAUUGGAGUGCAUUGCCCCCACAAAAUACUCGAAGAAAAGAAUAUCGUAACAACCGAAACCGUCCCAGAAGAUCUUUAUUUGGCCAGCAUAUUGCCAAAUGCGUGAAAUGUGAUGGCAAGCAUAGGACGGAGAACUGUACAAAGUUCAAAGAGUUGUCAACGGAAGACCGUUUCAACUUUGUGAAAGAGAAACGGCUCUGUUUUGGUUGCUUAGAAGAAUCUCAUAUUUCUCGAAAUUGUCCACAGAAAAAGGAAUGUGGCAUCGGGAACUGCAAAAGGAAACAUCACCCGUUAUUACACCAAGAAGAGAAUGUGCGUUCAACCACCACCAAGACACCACAGUCCGGUGUAGCGUUUGGAGUUGUUGAAGUUUCCGUCGUUGGUGCUGGCGGCAUUCAAGUGAAAGGAAACCUUUUGUUUGAUGAUGGUUCUGACACUACGCUGGUCACAGAAUCUUUUGUGCGAAAGCUGGGAUUGCGGGGAAAGAAGACCACGCUCAACAUUUCGGGUGUUGGAGGAAAAGAAAGCAAAAGAACGUCUUCUCAAGUGACCCUCCAUGUUAAAACACCACAAGGCAAUGCUGAAUAUGUUAAUCUCACAGCCUGGAGCCUUCCAAAGAUCUGUCAGCCAGUUGGAACUGUUCAAUGGCCUGAUAUCAAAAGAAAGUGGAAGCACCUGGAAAAUGUUAACCUGAAAGCUGUUGGUGGUGAAAUUGAUAUCCUUCUUGGCCUUGAUCAUGCAGAUUUGUUGAUACCGUUGGAUGUAAAGAUGGGAAAACCACAAGAACCCGUAGCCAAAAAGACAAGUUUUGGCUGGAUGGCGGUCGGGCUGGUUGGCAAGCCUCGUGGCGACAUCCACAGCUAUCACGUUGCCAGAGCUGAGCCAGAACAACUCGAUGUUGCCUUUAAGCAGUUUUGGGAUAGCGAGUCGUUUGGGACUAAGACAACGAACUUGCCACACUACUCCAAUGAUGAUCAACGAGCCUUGGAUAUACUGGAACACGAGACUAGGAAGUUGGAGACCGGUUACGAGGUCCCCUUGUUAUGGAAAGAAAACGAACCACAGCUUCAGAACAAUCGAGAAGUCGCGCAAAAGAGAUUGGAAGGCUUGCAACGACGAUUUGAGCGAGACCCAGAGUAUGAGAAAGAUUAUCGCAAAGCUGUCAGCAAGUAUGUAGAAGACGGAUAUGCGCACAAAGUGGGUGAAGAAGACGACUUCAAUGGACCAAAUCAGUGGUAUCUCCCUCAUCACGGAGUAUAUAAGAAAUCAUCCGCCGAGAAGAAGAUCCGAGUAGUCUUUGAUGCCUCAGCUAAGUACAGAGGCAAAUGUUUGAACGAUGCUUUACUCCCAGGACCUGUUCUACAGAAUGAACUUCCCAAGUCCUCACAAAGUUCCGGGAAGGUGAUGUUGCAUUCGGAGCCGAUAUCGAGGCAAUGUUUAGCCGAGUUAGAUUGCAGGAACAAGAUGCUAGAUAUCAUCGCUUUCUGUGGAAAGAGAAAAACAGUGAGGUCAUUGACACUUAUCAGAUGAACAGAUUAGCCUUCGGUGAUACCUUCGUCACCAUGCGAAGCAAUUUAUGUCACUCGCCGAACUGCUAAAGAUCAUGGACAAGGACAAGAAGAUGCUGUGAGAGCUAUUAACGAGAACUUGUACGUGGACGACUAUCUUGACUCUGCAGAGACUAAGGAACAAGCAAUCAAGAGAGGACAGCAAGUAAAGGAGAUCUUAGCAAAGGGUGAUUUACAUUUAAGGAAGUGGACUUCCAACAUCGCGGAAGUAGUAUCUGAGCUCGGACAGGAAACGAAACCUGAAGUUGACAUUGUGACCAACCUUGUCGAACAUGAACCAGAAAAGAAAAUUCUCGGUGUAAAAUGGAACACUGAAACUGACGAACUUACAUUUGCAGUUGCACCGGUUGAAGAUGUAAGAUACACCCGAAGAGGCCUCCUGAGCAAGCUGGCCGGCGUGUUCGACCCCCUUGGGUUAGCUUCGCCAUUCAUUAUCAAAGCAAAGAUCCUAACACAACAGUUGUGCCUACUAGGUCUCGAUUGGGAUGACCCCAUUCCUAAUUCCCACCUGACGAAGUGGAAAGCUUGGUUAAGAAGGCUGCCAGAGUUAGAGCUAGUAAGUGUACCACGAUGUAUACAACCUAAGAAGAAAAACGUGAUCGAGUCAGAGAUCCAUACGUUCUGUGAUGCCUCGGAGGAAGCUUUCGCGGCCGUGGUCUAUUUGAGAAGCAUUUAUGACGAUGGCGACGUACGGUGCUCCUUCCUGAUGGCCAAGACGAAAGUAGCUCCGAAGAAAGCUUUAAGUGUAGCAAGGCUUGAACUGCAAGCUGCCCUUCUAGGUGCUCGCCUAGCGAAUUAUGUUAAAGAAGCUAUGACACGACACAUUGACCGCGUGUUCUUUUGGACGGACAGUAAAUGUGUUAUUGGUUGGAUACGAUCUACUGCAGUUUGGUAUAAGCCGUUCGUCGCUCACCGAGUUGGCGAAAUCCAAACGUUGACAGACCCAAAGUCCUGGCGCCACGUACCUGGCCGACUGAAUGUAAGUGACUGUGCCACCCGUUCGAGAUUUGAUGAGCGAUCGGAAUUGAUUCCCGUGCGUUGGUUCACUGGUCCUGAUUUCCUUUAUCAAGGUGAAGAUAACUGGCCAAAGGAAAUGCCUGUCGAAGAGUUACAGCAACACGAAGAAAUCAAACCAAGCAAAAUAUUCGUUGCCAAAUCCAACCCAGAGCGUGUUCCCGUCUAUGCUGACGUCGACUUAGAGCGAUUUUCGUCCCUGUCGAAAGCACAGCGAGUAGCAGCGUUAGUUCAUCGUUUCUUCAAUGUAUGUAAAGGAAAGAAACCAAAGAGUAGUGUCGUAACCGUACAAGAAUUACGAGUUGGACAGACUGCUCUAGUGCGCCAAUGUCAACGAGAAGCAUUCCCCGACGAGCUCCAAUCCUUGGAAAGAACGAAUAGUGUCAGCAAGCGAUCAAAACUGUUGCCUUUUACCCCCUACCUGGACGAGAAUAACGUAAUCCGUGUUGGAGGAAGACUUGACCGAGCUCAAUUACCUUACGAAGUGCGACACCCGAUCCUCCUACCUCAGAAACACCGUUUGACCCAGCUGAUUGUCGGGAGCUAUCAUCGGUCGAAAAACACGGAGGAACUGACCACGUUUUGGCCGCAAUUCGUCAAAAGUUCUGGAUAAUUCGCGGACGACAGGAAGUCAAGAGUUUCAAGAGAAAGUGCACUCAGUGUAAGAAAGAACGAGCGAAGCCCGGCAGUCAGUUACUAAGUGAACUUCCUAUCGAAAGAAUAACUACCAUGCAACCAGCAUUUUACCACACUUCUGUGGAUUAUUUCGGGCCAAUCGAAGUCAAGUUGACUCGAAACACGAAAGCGAAGAGAUACGGCGCCCUGUUUACAUGCAUGACGACUCGAUGUGUUCAUUUGGAAGUUGCUGAAUCGUUAUCCACCCCUGACUUCCUACAAGCUCUUCACAAGAUGAUGGCGAGGCGUGGAGAGCCAAGAUCUAUCUACAGUGACAACGGCACGAACUUCGUCGGCGCAGUCUCUGAAUUGAAGUCGAUGGUUAGAGAACUAAAUCAUAGUGAAGAACUUCAAACCCGCCUAGCUAGAAUUGGAGAAGGAAUCACCUGGAAGUUCCAACCCCCUGCAAGCCCUCACUGGGGAGGAGUACACGAGAGCUUAGUUAAGUCAGUCAAGACAGCACUUAACCGUACCCUGAAUCCAAAAGGAGGACCAAAGAGAAGUAACCCUACAGAUUUGCAGUUGUCCGCUCUCUUUGCCGAAGUCGAGCGAUUCGUCAAUUCACGACCGAUAACAUACGUCAGCAGCGAUCCUGAGGACAUAGAGGCUCUGACACCCUACCACUUUUGGUUACAUCGACGCUCGCCAGUUGUCCCACUCGGAGAGUACAGCCGACCAAACUUUCAAGGUCGUUUCAAACAGACCCAGCACUUAGCAAAUGUCGUGUGGCAGCAGUGGGUGAAGCUCUACCUGCCUAAUCUCAUCUCCCGGAAGAAGUGGCGUAACGAGGAAAGGAAUAUUUCAGUUAACGACGUUGUUCUCAUAGCAGAUCCGGGUCUUCUACGUGGUGAGUGGAAGUUAGGACGAGUUGUUGAAACAUGUCCUGGAAAAGAUGGACGAGUUCGAGCUGCCAAAGUGAAGACUAACAAUGGUGUUUAUACCAGACCAGUUACGAAAUUAUGUCUUCUCGAAGAGGAAUGCGGAUACGAUCGUCGCCCCGAUGAAAUCGAGACGAACGAUGGGGAGGAGUGA